CUAUGUUAUUUAUUAAAAAUGUAUAUUUACCAAGAAGGUAGGUAUUGACGUCAUCACAACGCGACAGUCCUACCAGCCGUCCUCGGGAGCUUCACUAAACGAAUGAGCUACAAACAAGCCACUUUAUGAAGAUGACGGCCUCUACUCAGAGGACGGUGUUGUCGUUGUACAUGCGGGUCUUUCGUAUCGCACGGACCUGGCAAGCACACAGUGGAGUGACGAGUGAUACGCUGAGCGAGAGAAAAUACAUACUUCAGGAGGCGCGCACUUUGUUCAGACAGAACCAGCAUGUGAUGGAUCAAGAAACCAUAAAAAGAUGCAUUGAGGAAUGUGAAGCUCGGAUAGAAAUAGGUCUACAUUACAAGAUUCCAUACCCGAGGGCUACAUACCUCCCACCAAUGGGUCUGGCCACUCUGAAAGGCAGGAAGCUGCGAACCCAGCAGCGCCUGAGGAAGCAGGCCAAGCCAAUUUACUUACAGUCACAGGACGAUACCUGAUACCCUUCCAUCCACGCCGAGUCUUCCAGUUACCAAAGCAAAUGAAAAGCUAGAAUGCCAUCACAAGAUGGUCCCAUGGGGUUAAUGUGUCGCUGGCACCCACUGACCACUCUUUACAAAGACACUUUUAUACCAUUGUUUUCUUAUUAUAAAAACACGUUUCUGUUUAAAACCAUGUCUUGCCAAAAUCUUUUUUUUAUUUGUAUUUUUUUUUAUUUUAAGGAAAUGUUGAAUUAAUGAAGGAUAUCAAUCUGCAAAACAGAUAAAUGUUGUAUUGGAAAGUUACAGGAAAAAUAGGCAAACGGGUAGCUUUUAAUGUGUUAUAGAUUUACUGAAAGGAAAACAAUUACUAGGGAUAACAAGUUCAAAGCAUGAGAAUAAAGUUACAAUAUUACAAGAAUAACGAUGUAACUUGGCCCCAAAAAAUCCUAUUGAUAGAAUGAACUCACCUUAUUACGCUAGAGAAACUAGUUUUACAACAAUAAGGUCAAUAUAUAAGCAUAAAUGUGUGCCUGAGCUGUGAUAUCACAACUUCAUUUAUACUUUACAAUUUAAUUAUUGUAGUGAAACUUGUUUGACUAAGUAUUUUAUCCUCACAAUGUUAAAAGUCUUAAACUGUCAUGUAUUUUUUUCACCACCUCAAUAGGUGUUUGUAUUGUGCUUUAUAUUUAAAAAAGUUACACAUUGCAGAUUCUGUACAACAAAUGUUUGCAUGACAUGCACUGGAGCUCUGUUUCAGUUAUCGAAGCAGAAUAAAACAUGAUACAACAAUA